UUUUGUUCUUGUUGUCUACGCUUUACGCUUGCCUUCCUAACAAGCACACAAGCACGUAGCAUCAUCAAAGUGUCUUUCUUCUUCAACUUUGACUAUUUGAUAGUUUUUUCCGCAUUGAUAGAAAUGCUGUCAACGAUCAUUCUGGUGUGACCAUAUUGAUUAUAUGUUACUUCCACUUUCAAAAACCUUGACCACAUCAACGCUAACAUGUCGGAUUCCGAUGGUUCGGAGAUGGAUUAUCAAAGCGAAGACGGAGAGAUAAAAAUUCAAAAGAGUCCUCUGCGGAAAGAUAAACACAAUGAAGAACUGCCUUUCAGCUUGUCAGAUGAAGAUGCUGAAGACACAGCUGAUUCCCUGGACAUCAAACCUCCUCAAGCCAACGUUCAUCCACUCAAAGCUCGAAGUCACAGGGAAAAACGCAGUCACCGAGAAAAAGAAAGGCGCGCUUAUGCAAGUGGCCAUCCAAGUCAUGCACGAGGAGCAGAAGAGAGACCUCACAAGAAAGGUCAUCACAGAAGCAGAGAGGAAAGACAUAGGGAAAAGAGAGAAGAGCGUCAUCGUGAGAGAGAAAAACGACAUCAUAGGGACAAGCAUGGUGUGAUUGAUGCUAAGAGAGAAAGAUUAGAUUAUGGAGUGGAUGAAUUAAGACAUCGUGAUGAUAGUGCCUUCCGAAACCAUAGAGAGGCACCGGAUGCAUCUCGUGCGUCAUAUAGAGACGUUCUGGAGGGGCGUAGGGUAGAUCCUCGUGAUGUUCAUAAUUCAAGAGAACCCCGUGAAACACGAGACAUUCGUGAGGUUCGUGACGUCCGUGACGUCCGUGAUUCUAGAGAGUUUAGGGAACUGAGGGAGAGGGAGAGGGGUGAUAGGAGAGAAGAUCAAAGUAGAGACCGCAGCCACAAAGAGAAACUAUCAUCUGCUGAUCGAAAACCUGAUGACCUGCGAGAUAGAAUUCUUGAUCGCAGAAGGGAUGGUGAGUCUCAUCAUGAAAGAGAAAGACAUAAGCGGGAGAGGCGUGAAGGUCAGCACCAAUUACAUCUUGACCAACGUCAUCAGCAGCUAGAGCAGCAACGGCAUCAACUUGCACUACAGGAUCAAACUUUGCCCCCGCCGGUUAAAGAAACUCCUCAAGAGCGGGCGGAAAGGGAAGAGAGGGAAAGUCGUAGGUUGAAAUUAAUUGAAGCAGAUAUUGUUGCAGAAAAGGAAAUGGUCCGCCAGAAAGAAGUGUACCGCAGGGAGCUUGAGGCUCGAAGAGCCAGACGACAAGUAGAAGAAGAGAAGGAAAGAACAUUGUCUAAUAUUGUCAUGAAGAGAGAACGAAGUCGGAGCAGGGAGAGGAGGCAACUUAUUGAUGAUGAUUCUGCUGUAAUAUUAUCUGGGCCGUCUGAUGAAGAAAUGCAGGAAGAACAAGAUGAAGAAAUGGACCUAAAUAGAGAUAUGAAGAGAGCUGAUUUAGAAAGUGGCAGUGCAGGAAGUGAUGCUUCUAGCACUUCUUCUAGUGACGGUGAGGAGAGUGAUGAUACAGAAAGUGACAAGAGAGCUUCAGAUGCUGAUGAAGAAGAACCAGGUCAGCAGAAAAAUGGUACAGAAGAUGCACCAAAGGUGGAGAAUGGAGUUGUCUCUACUCCUCCUGUUCCCACACCAGCUGAAUCUGAUGAAUUGGAUAGCCUUGAAAAAUUGCCACCUUAUUACCCUGCUAUUCAAGGAUGCCGCUCUGUUGAAGAAUUUGUUUGCCUAAACAGAAUUGAGGAGGGUACCUAUGGUGUGGUAUACAGAGCCAAAGAAAAGCGAACAGGUGAAAUAGUGGCCUUGAAGAGACUUAAAAUGGAAAAAGAAAAGGAAGGAUUCCCCAUCACCUCUCUCCGUGAGAUAAACACUUUACUCAAAGCUCAGCAUAAAAACAUUGUCACUGUGCGGGAAAUUGUGGUUGGCUCAAACAUGGACAAGAUUUUUAUUGUUAUGGACUAUGUUGCUCAUGACUUGAAAUCUCUCAUGGAAACAAUGCGGCACAAGAAGCAGGUCUUCCUUCCAGGUGAGGUCAAGUGCCUCAUGCAACAGCUUUUGAAGGCUGUUCUUCAUUUGCAUGACAAUUGGAUUCUGCAUCGUGAUCUUAAAACCUCAAACCUUCUUCUCAGUCAUGAAGGUGUUCUAAAAGUAGGUGACUUUGGAUUAGCAAGAGAAUAUGGAUCUCCUUUGAAGUCGUAUACUCCUAUUGUUGUUACACUGUGGUAUCGAUCUCCAGAGCUGCUGUUAGGAUCAAAGGAAUAUUCAACACCAGUUGAUAUCUGGUCUGUGGGCUGCAUAUUUGCCGAAUUUUUACUCAUGGAAGCUUUAUUCCCUGGUAAAUCUGAAAUGGACCAGUUAAAUCGGAUUUUCAAGGAGCUGGGCACACCAACUGAUGACAUCUGGCCUGGUUACAGUUUGUUACCUAUAGCACAAAAAUGCAAUUUUGCUGACUAUCCUGUCAGCAACUUGCGGAAUAAGUUUGCCACAAUGCUCACAGAGCAAGGUUUAGAUCUCCUUAAUAAAUUUUUAACAUACGACCCAGAUCAAAGAAUUACUGCUGAUGAUGCAUUAUCACAUGCUUACUUUAAAGAGGUUCCCUGUGCCAUCGAUCCGGCCAUGUUCCCAACAUGGCCAGCUAAAAGUGAAUCUGUUCAUCGGAAAGCUGCCAGUCCAAAACCUCCAUCUGGUGGCAAAGCCUACAAGCAAUUGGGUGAUGGUGAUGAUGAAAUAGCAGCCAUGGGCUUCCAUAUGGGAUCAACACAAAUGGAGCGGACAAGAUUGGGAGCAGGCUUUAGCCUGAAGUUUUGAUGUUGACUUAGAAGAAAUUACAGACAUUAUUUUGCUGGCAAACUUAAAUAAACCUUCAUGUGAUUUCUUUCUAGAGUAUGUAUAAGUGCUUAAGCAAUAAGAUUUCUGUACAGAAUCAUGAACUGUGUAUAAUAAAAUAUUCUUUUCUCUA